AUUAAAAACUCAGCUUAUUUCGGAACCCUAACAGAGGUCGGAGUCGAAUCUUUAGGGUUUGUUGCAAGGGCACCGCAGACAUGGCGGGCAAGUAGACGACGGUCCUGUGUCGGACUCAUCGAUAUCGCUGAAUCAGAAUUGUGGGUAUUGUUUGCCGUUCUUACACUUUCUAUAGAACAUUGUGGACUUUUCUUAUUUGCAGUUGGGAACUCGAGGAAGAGUGGAGAAUAGAACUAGAAAAAAGGCUAGAGUUGAGAGGCAAAGGCGAUGGUUGGGAUGGUACCAGCUGCGAAUGCUGAAGGAGGAGCAGGAGCUGGCGCAUCCGGGAAGGGCAAGGCCAACGCAACGCAGCAGCCCGAUAGCUCCCUCAAGCGGAAACGCGGUUUGUUCAACAAGGAUUUGAGGCUGAUGAUGUAUGGUUUCGGCGAUGAUCCGGACCCGAUGCCGGAGACAGUGCUUUUAAUGGAGGACAUUUUAAUUGAUUACAUUACGGAUACUGUGCACAAGUCGCAGAACGUGGCGUCCAGGCGGGGGAAGCUUACGACGGAGGAUGUCAUGUUCCUUGUUCGGAAGGACUCGCGGAAAUUUUCUAGGGUUAAGGAGUUGCUGGCGAUGAACGAGGAGCUGAAGAGGGCGCGGAAAGCUUUCGAACUGGACGAGGAGAAAAUGGCUACCGAGUUUUAGAGAAUUCGUUCAGCAGGAUUCUUUCGAUUGCAUUUUGCGUGUGGCGCCAGCGCAAAAGUGUAUAAACAUCUUCCGUCUUGCAAUCUAGCCAGAUCCUGCAGCGCCAAGGUACCAGCAUCCAUGGAAACUGCUUCUAGGUUGAGGGGUAUUCAUUCGUGCAUUGUGAUUUCUGAGAACGGAGAAGAAGUGUAUGAACGUGCACAAAGGAUUUACCGUGGCGGGCAUUCGGCGGGCAUUUGUUCAUGAUUGUUCCAAAACCCGAAGUAGAAGUUGUCAAGGAAUGAACUCGAUGUGUCAAAUCUUUGAUUUCGACACGACAACCGAAGAGUUUACGAUGGAGAAUAAAGUGUGUUUAUGAUAUUUCAACUUAUUUUUCUUUCCAGAUUGUUCUACGUUUGCUUGUAUGGCAGAUAUAAACAAGUGAUUUUUUUUAUUGGAAAAGCUUUUUAAUUCUUUCUUUUAAAUGUAAUUUUACUUUUCGAUA